GGCAUGACAUUUCUGAUAUUCGGCUGUCAAAUUUUGUAUCAAGUGAAAGCUUGCUGUCUGAUUUCAUUUUACUGACAAGUUUCAAUAAAGUGUUGAACAAUAUUCGAUAAUAUCAAUUAAAAUGUCACGAAAUUUAAUUGCCGCAUUCCUUGUGUGUCUCUGCGCUGGUGUAACUUUUGCAACCACUUGCACCAGCCCCAAAGUUAGUGUAACAUCCUUCAGUACUCAGGAUGCCACCAUCCUCACCCAAGUGGCGCAUGUUGGUGAGUUCUCCUUGAGUUGUGGAAAUAAUGUGCAACCCAACUUGUUUGCUGAAUUCCCCUGUGGAAAAAUUGUUCCGGUAGCUAAGAUUGGCAAUGGCAAAUACCAAGUGAGCUGGACUAAGGAGAUCAAAAAGAGCAGCGGUGGUAAUGUUGUCUUACGUCUAUUCGAUGAGGAGGGCUAUGCCAGCGUACGCAAAGCACAACGUGAUGGAGAUAAUGUGUCGAAUGUUAAAUCUCUUGUUGACAUUACUGUCGCCACAAAAGGUGCCUACAAAGGUCCAUGGGUAAAAGCUGAAUUGGUCGCUGCGUUGGUGGUUGGUGGUAUCGCUUACUUUGCUUUCACCGCUAAGAGCAAAGUGCAAGGUUAGAAAAAAAACAAUAACGAUGUGAAAAGCGAUUCAAUCUCGCUUAUUGAGAUUUGUAGACUUUGAAUGAAAUUCAUUCAACUUAUCUUUCCAAUUAGAGAUUAAUAUGUGGAUUACUUUUUAUACCAACAAGUAAACCUCUUACUUUCGCAUGAAAUGUAAAAUUCUAGCUGUAAUUUUAAUCAUGGAGAAUAAGAAAAUAAACGAAUAUAAUUCUGUA